AUGUCGAGUGUCGUAGAACGAGUGCAUCAAUGCCUUCUCGAGAGUAAAUUGAAUAAGGAUCCGCAUGUCUCGGUCAAAGGAGCAUUGACAAUAGUCGACAUACUCGUUGCUGCCAAAUGUUGUUUUCGAUGCUGCCUUCGUUUUCUAGGAUGUACAAAUUUUCGUAUUUAUGCCUUUGAAGAAACGGAACUGCGUGAUGCAUUCAAUCAGCUGUUGUAUCAAGACCGUCAACUCAGUUACAGUGUGAAUGGAAAUGCAGUAUGUUCAGCUUGUCUAGGUUCAAUUCAGUUUGCCGAUUCCUAUGUAGACAGUGUAUGCGAGCAACUCAAAAAGGAGGAUUACAAAACAGACAGCUGCUGCUUGACAUGCACGUUGCCUGUAAGUAUCUUACUGCGUGAUCAUUUGCUCAAGGUACAUGUCAUGAAUACACUGGUCGAGGUAUACAUGGGUCAAGAAUACGCAUCAGAUCUUGUCAGACUUUACAAAGAUGUCAACGUCAGAGAUCCCAAGGAUUUCUUCAAGUAUCUGUUUGGCAUGAAGCUGAAAGAGAAGACUGGACUUCACCUGGACGCUGACGGUGCUUUGCUCAUGACAGUGAUCAUCAGCCAUGAGCCUACAGCAAAAGAUCAUUUGUUUUUGGCGGAAUUGAAAGAACCAUUGCUGAAGAUGAGAACAGUGCGUCAAAAGAAAAUUCGAGUAACUGUGGGCGAUUCAAGACCUUGCAUAAUUGAAGCUUUGACGAAACUAGACAACGAAGAAGCCAAGAGCCUCACCGCAAUUCCACCAGCCGAACCCACCGAAAGAGCAAAAUUCGAUUCAGUUACCUUAUUGCAUACUUCAUCGUAUGUAGGUGGACGCUACCUCAAAUUCUCUAGAGAAUACAGCCAAACACCAUGGGCAAUCAAAGGUCGCAAAUUGGCAGAGCACUCGGUAUCCGACUGUUUCGCUGAAAUUAUCCGCAAAUACCAUCGAGCCGAUGAUACAAAAUUUGUAACAGCAGGACGCGAAGAUGCCAAUGUCCGUAUGCUAGGAACGGGUAGACCUUUUUAUUUGGAACUCAUUAACCCCAGAACACCUCGCUUAUCCGAUGAAGAAUAUAGACAGAUUGAGCAAGAAAUCAACAAUCAGCCUAUUCACAAAGACAAUGUGCAAGUGCGACAUUUGGGAUACAUUAAACCCGAGUAUACCAGCAUCAUCAAGGAGGGCGAGGAGACCAAAACUAAGAGAUACCGAGCUCUUGUAUGGCUGUCUGAGCCACUGACUGAUCAAGUCAUUGAACGCAUCAACAAGGUGGGAUCAUCGCCAUUCACCAUUCAACAAAAGACGCCUGUGCGUGUAUUCCAACGUAGAUCAGCUGCAAUUCGUCCAAAAGUCAUCCACACAUCCACCAUUGCUAGACUACACCCAAAUGUGGAUUUGAAUAGUCCUGAAGCACACUAUGGUGUACUGAAGCUACAUACGCAAGCAGGAACCUAUAUUAAAGAAUAUGUACACGGUGAUCUCGGUAGAACAUUGCCCAAUUUGGCCUCUGUGGGUGGUAUUCACUCUGCUGAUUUAUUGGAAUUGGAUGUGAUGGAUGUGGAUUUGGUAUGGCCUCCUCAAUUUGGAGCUAUUGCUGACGUUGAAGAGACAUCUGAUGUAUCAAAUGAAAAUAAUAAGCGUCCUUUAUCAAAUUAA